AUGUCCAAGUUCCCAGAAGUCCAGGGUGGUGGCUCAUUGAUCUUGGCCUGGCAGAUUAGAGACAAGCAUGUGUUAGUAGUUGGUGGCGGGGAGGUUGCUGCAGGACGUAUCCUGCAUGCCCUCAAUGCCGAUGCACGGGUGACAGUCGUUUGUCCAGCUGCCGGGCUCAACGAGGAAGUCGCAUUCCGAGUGUCUGAGAAGCAAGUCUCACACGUCGACCGUAAUUUCCAACCCAGCGACCUCGAUGAUGCCGAUAUGGUGCUUUGCGCCAUUGACGACCCGGAAGCUUCAACACAGGUCUGGAAACUGUGCAAGGAAAGGCGAAUCGCAGCAAACAUUGCCGAUGUCCCACCGGAGUGCGAUUUCUACUUUGGCAGUGUCCAUCGUGAUGGUCCAUUGCAGGUGAUGGUCAGCACCAACGGAAACGGCCCCAAGCUGGCCAGCAUCGUGCGCAAGAAGAUCGCCGAGACUUUGCCGGGGAACAUGGGUGCAGCAAUUGAGAAUGUGGGAAAGCUCCGGAAGAAACUCCGUGAAGUAGCCCCCAACCCGGAUCAAGGGCCCAAGAGAAUGAAAUGGAUGUCCGGCGUGUGCGAACAAUGGAGCUUGGAACAGCUCGUAGAGAUGACCGAGCGCGAUAUGGACAGUGUACUCUCCUACUACGAGUCGGGCAAGGUCCCCACGUUCCAGGAAGUCCAGAAGUGA